AUGUACCUCCUGCUGCUAUUGAUGGCGCUUCUGGUGCAGGUGCGCCAAGCAUGGAUCCUGCCCGCCUCGUCGCCGCUCCGGGCCGCACCACGCUCCAACACGCCAGCAGUAACGGUUGCUGGGAGCUUGGGCAAAGGAGAUGCGGGGAUGGACAGCAGCGUAGUGAGAGCUCGGCUAAGCAAACCCAUCGGGCUCAUGCUAGCGGAGAAGGAAAUAGGCAAGCCCGGCCUGAGAGUGGACGACAUGGUCGAGGGAGGGAGCGCCGAGGAAUCCGGAGUCGUGUUGCGGGGCAUGACUCUGGUUGCGGCUUGUGGUGUCGACUGCGGAGAAUUGAUGUUCGACCAAGUUGUGGAGAUGCUCCAGAACACGCCGCCGGAGGCACCAAUCGAUUUCGUUUUCUCGACCGACGAGGCGGAGCUCGAGGCAACAUGA